CAUCAGUUGAAAUAUAUUAUGUCAUAAGCUAUACAUUUCAGGUUUUCGUUAAGGUUUCGUUUUAUUCUCGUCUCUCUUUUAAGGAUAGAAACAUUUGAAACAUUUUGAUGAUAACGAUGUUUAAAACAUGAAUUUGAUCAUGUUAAAUAUUAUACUCUGUGGAUUUAACAAAUAUAUAAUAUAGUUCAGUGUUUGGACAAAUACACGUUCACCUAUAUUAUAGACGUAUAUUAACAGAAAUAACAGAAUGGAGUUAAAGCCUUCUGAAAUCUAUUACUCGCAGGAUUCAGUUAGUAAUGCUUUUCGGCAUACUUAUGAACUCAUCGGAGAGACUUUGGAUGAUAUUUGUGAAGACAGAUGCAGUAUUUACUCUAUCCCGACGAUAUCUGUCAUGCGGAAGAAUGGAAGAUGGAUAACUUCAGACAAUCGCCGAUUGUGGGUCUUUCGACAGCUCGAACGCCUUGGAAAAUGUGAUACUGUACCCGUUGACGUCACUGAUCAAAUCCCCCCUGAGAAGAUGACGUCAUUAAAUGGCGGCGACGCAGUACGCGUGCGCGGAAAUCCAGGAGGAAGUUGGCAUCUGAAACCUAAACCGGUUGUAAACCAACGGUAUACAUCAUACCCACGUUAUAGUGUUCAACGCGUGCGCGGAACUCCAGGAGGAAGUUGGCAUCUGAAACCUAAACCGGUUGUAAACCAACGGUAUACAUCAUACCCACGUUAUAGUGUUCAACCGAAGCCUAAACCGGUCGUAUACCCUACUCCCGAAUCUGUCUACACACCAAGACGGGAGACAAAUUAUGGUACUGAAGCAAUGCAUACACAGUAUAGGCCAGUCCAAGAGGAAAAUAGUGAGAGAAGUCUGUGCACGAUUUUAUAAAGUACCGUAUGUGAGACUGGAACAUGUCUGUGAUUAAUUAUUUAUCUUUUAAUUAAAAGUUGGAUGCUGGAUAUUUUAGUUGCCUUUGUUAUAAAACUUUGUUUCUCUAGUCUUUUGGGGUUUUGACUUGAAUCCAUAUAUUAUUUAUAUAUUACCGUCAAACAUAUAAAAAUAUGUUCUUCACCUGUAUUUCACAUUCAAUUAAUUAUAAAAGACGUUAAUUAAUAUCUUCCAGUGUUUCACACAUGAAGUUUGUAUCACUAACUAAGAUGCUAGCUAUUACCAUAUAUUAAAAAUAAGUAUAUGAGUUUUAACAAAUUUUAUCAUAAGCUUUUGUGAACUGGUCAUUUGAAAUGUGAAUAUUAAAUGUCAUUCAAGUACAAUAUACGACAUGUAUUUCGACUGUGCACUCAUAGUAUUGCAUUUACUUGCACAAAUGUCAUAGUGUGAUAUAUUAUGAUUUUUAAAAUUUUUCAUUUAUGCCUAUUUGCAGAUUUCUGUUAAACCUUUAUGUGCAUUAAAGUAUGCUUUAUCA